UCUGAAAUGGACCAAUUAGAGUCGAGAGGCGGGACUAAAAAAAAUCAAACGUUAUUACUCAAGCCGAAGUUCCUUCAUACAGCGAGAUGAGUUUUUACGGACAGGGCUAUCCAGGAGCAGGGGGUAACAUUCCUCAACAGCAUCCUUCUCCAGGUAACCCCUAUGGAGGUGGUGCACCCCCAGGUGGUCCUGUAGGAAGGCCGUAUGGGGGUCAGGCUCCACCUGGGGGUCCGCAGUACGGUGGUGCACCAGGAGGACAGUAUAGAGGACCUUAUGGUGGAUAUGGUGGUGGUCCUGGGGCCCCUGGAGCUCCUUAUGGAGGUGGUCAAGCCCCAGGAGCCCCUUACAGUGGAUAUGGCCAGCCUCAGGGUGGACCAUAUGGCCAGCAUAUUCCUGGAGGUAACAUCCCACCAGGAGUUAACCCUGAAGCAUAUCAGUGGUUUCAGACUGUUGACUCCGAUCGCAGUGGCUACAUCAACCUGAAGGAGCUAAAGCAGGCCCUGCUCAACUCCAAUAACUCAGCAUUCAAUGAUGAAACCUGCCUGAUGAUGAUUAAUAUGUUCGACAAGACCAAAACUGGCCGCAUUGACAUAUACGGCUUCUCAGCUCUUUGGGUGUUUUUGCAGCAGUGGCGGGCAAUAUUCCACCAGUUUGACCGUGACCGCUCAGGUUCCAUCAACAGCAAUGAGCUGCAUCAAGCACUCUCUCAGCUGGGUUAUAACCUGAGCCCGCAGUUCAUUCAGAACCUGGUGAACCGUCACUGUGUCCGUGGCAUGAGUAAUGCCCUCCAGCUUGACUCCUUUAUUCAGGUGUGCACUCAACUGCAAAGCACGACCCAGGCCUUUCGUGAGAAGGACACCGGCAUGACCGGCAACGUACGCAUGAGCUAUGAGGACUUCCUGUCCUGCACCAUCACACGGCUCAUGUGAAGAUUUACAUUCCAUGAGACGGCAGUUUGAUCCUUUCACUGGUAAUGAGGACUGCUUUUUCAUGCCAAAGACCACCAGGCACUCUGGAUGUUCCUUCAUAACUGUGCCUUUCACUGCAGUUUACCUCCUUUACCCUAAAUGCUCUGUACACAUGCACUCCUGUUUCUUGCGUUCCUUGUUAUUUGUUUCGAUUUUAAAGUGCAAUUUAAAGGAACAACUAACAAGUAGUGUUUAUUUACCUUUGCCAUAAUUGUGUAUGUAAUGCCUAAAAUAGAAAUUUGGAGAACUAGUUCACUCAGGGAGUGAAGUUGCAUUAUUAUAUCUGUUGCCAGUCAUGUAUUUUGUGGGGCUUUAUUUUAUUAACUAUAUUAUUUUAUAUUAUAACUGCAUUCAGCUAAAACUAUUUAGUUUCUAUGUUACUGAUAAAUAUAAAGUCAUUAUAAUUGA